AUGGCAAGAGAACAAAUUCCACAUUCUCUUGCCACUGAUGAGACUCGAACAUUAACGUCUACGGACACUGAUUAUACCCACCAUAGACUCUUUCUAAGUGUUCUGAGUCCCGGUUAUGAUAACAAAUCAUGCUCUCUUCACUCUAUGUUGAACGAGCAAUCUGACACAGCUGUUGACCUUGAUUGCCCUUCGAAAGCAUCUAAUUGUCCAGUAAGGAUUGUGGGCAGCUGUGAUGGUUUAGUGUGCGUUGCGAUUGAUAGCCAAGUAUUUAUAUGGAACCCGUCCACUAGAAAUUCCAAGAGAUUGACCGACAUACCGCAUCCGCCCUUCAUCAGUUAUGGCUUUGGUUACGAUGAGUCUACCGAUGAUUACAAGGGGGCAGGAUUUUUUGGGAAGUUUGGUACAAGUGGUUUUGAGGUUGAAGUGAAGGUGUAUGCCUUGAGGACUCCUUCGUGGAGAAGGAUUGAAGGCUCUCCUCAUCGUCUUCCUUCGGAUGGUUUAGGGACAUAUUUAUAUGGUGCCCUUCAUUGGACUGGGCGUAGCGAUUCUAAUGUUGGUUCUAUUAUUGUUUCUGUUGAUUUGGUGAAGGAGGCUCAUGGAGAGGUUUUGGAACCUGAUUAG